CGUGUGAGUGGGGUAAAAAUCCUGUCUGGAUUGUGCGAGUUGCGGAACGUGUCCAAUCGCAAAAAAAUUGAUACUCUGUCCUGUGCUGUGGAAAAGUGCCCCUAAAAUUGUUGCGUAUAUUCUUUACAGUUUCUGAAGCUAAAACAAAGAAAAGCCAUGACGGACUUUGACGCUGCAUCCGCGCUCCUAAUGCUGAGCACUGGAUAUCAGCAGUACAUGAACGAGAACAACAAUGUUCACACGGUGAAGAAAUCGAAUAACUCAUCAACACCCAGCUCCGAAUGUUUCUCUCCACCAAAGAAACGCGAACGGAAGAACGGAUCACCUAAACAACGGAAGCUACAGCCAGCCCUGCGCAUAGCUUCCCUGCAUGGCAACUACAAACAGAAGGAGCUGCUCGGUCGGCUAUCGGAACCACUAAGACUGUCCGUUUCGCCACCAUCCGCGUUGGAAUCGCUGCAGUUGAAGCAAAACAACCGAAAGAUGCAGAUGCGAAUGGAGGCAUCUUCACCGGAAAUGGAAAAUUGGGAUAGCAGAAGUAAUCUGUCUCCGACACUGAACCCCCAUCAGGAAUCGUCCGGUAAAAUAAACGGUUCAAUGCUGUACACCAGCCCCGGUAUGAAUGGGUUUGCCAUGCUGUUGAAAUCGCAAAACAACCAAUACACCAGUUCACCGAAACCUCCCUCCGUGGUGACUACAUUCUUGGAUGAUAACCGUAAGAAACGGUUUCUGGACCAUCCGGUUGUAGAGGAAGGUGCAAGUGCGAUCGUCGCAGUAGCAGCAGACAAACCCGCCCGUUCGCCAUCCGAUUCGGGUGUAUCAUCCAUUCACGACGAACUGCACCAACCGCUUGUGGUGCUGCAGCGUUGGAUCAAGGAACCGGAUGUGUUGGACAGCAGUAGUAUACCGGACAGCGUGCAGGAGCAGUUGGACAACAUCAACGAAAUAUCGGCCUACAACAAGGAAAUCUUCACCAAGGCCAAGAUGGCUAACUUCCCACUGGAAAUGACGUUCAAUCCCGCAAAAUCCCGGAUGCGCAAGGAGUGCUCAAAUGAGAUUGACAACCAAGACCGCAUCAGAAACAAUGAAGCGUCGCGUCGAUCGCGCCACAAGAAGAAGCUGAUCACGCAUCUGAUGAACAUCAGUCUGGAGUUUGAUCGGGUGGAAAAUCGGCACCUGUACAUGGAGGAACGCAGGUUGCGCGAUUUGAUUCUGGAGCUGGAGGCGAAAGCACUGAGCAACGGCAUCAAUCCCAAGGUCGUGCAACAUUUGCGAUCGUCGUGCGGAUUUCAGUGAGGCUCGCAGACAGCGGACCUGAUUCACCGACCGCGGGAUGAUGGUCGGUGCGCUAACGAAGGGUUUAGAAUCCUGAUAUGCAUAUAUCACUUUGGCGAAAAAAAGGAAAAAUAGGACGAAACACAACGGCCCACCCCCUGUUUAAAGUUUUGCAUGCUUCCAGUGUGGGGGUUGUAUUUAUUGGUUUAUAGAUGUAUUUGCCGUGCUUUUAGCGUAUCGUUCAUAUAUUUUUUAUGACUAUAUAUACGUAAAUGAAUGUACCAACGAUGUGUGUAACUGAACUGUCUUAGUUAUAUAUUGUUUUAAUAAACGUAAGAGUUUACGACCUCUACA